CUCGCCAAGAGUUCACAUCUGGGAAAGCAGGAAAACCCCUGGAAAAAAUCAGGACAUUUUUACAGUCCCAUUUUUACGUAAAAUUUUGAGAGACCCAAAAUGGCCAUUCCAUUUUUCGAGGAAGAGCACGUCUCAAAGUCCGAACCGAGUGGCGAUCAAGUGGAUAGUCCUAUGGCUUUCUCCAUAGAUCCUGGACAUGAUCAAGUGGACUUCGAAGGACCUCCGUCCGCAGCGGAGGACGUUCCCCAACCAGGAGCAACAAGUGAGCCAGCUUCGCCUCCGAGCGCCGAGGAGCAACUGUUGGCCUGGAAAAUCCUGGCCAUCACAAUGUGCAAGGUCCUGAAGCAAUUUUACCUACAACACAAGGCAACAGGAAAAUCCAGCAAACUAAAGGCCACCGUUCAAAUUCAACCGCAGGCGCAGUAAAGAUUUUGGAAAAAACAAAUUAAACACCAACACCAAGCUCCUAAAAGCGCAACUUGUGAUUACUUUACGUUGGUGAGAACUAGCGCAGCCCGAAAACUUUUCGAGAGAGAAAGAGCGAGACAGUGACAGAGAAAUGUGAAUCAAUUUCCCAAGGAAAACCCCAGAAAAAAAGAAUAAUUUUUUAUACAAGUAUUUUCUUUGCUGGAAAUUAUUCCUGCCCAUAGUUUCUUAAUUGCCGUCGGGUUACAAACAAAAUCUAAAACUUUGGAUAAGCGCAAAUGUGAUAAAUAAUUUUGCUAAAAAUAUUUCCAGUCCAGAUAUUUGUUUAGUAAACUUAUUUAAAUUAGUUUUACUGAUUUAACUCAAUAAGUUAGGUUCUCUAUGGAGGUCGGCCCAGUGCAAAGUAAGAUGGAAUGAAGAAUCCGAAAAAAUAUUGGAGACAAAAUUUUAUAAGCAGCAGCUAGUUUUCAAAUCGAAACCAACUUAGUUGAUAAGCCAAACUAUUCUAUAUUCUAUAUCUAUAAAUAGUUACAACUUUUUUACAAACAACUCUCUUGGUGUCUAUUUAUGGGGAAAUUUUAAAGUUUCAACUUCCUAGGUAGAAUGCUUCUUAAACUUAGCAAAUAGUUAUGAAAAUAUAUUUUUUAAACAAAAAUCAUAUAUAUUUUUAUAUUUACUUUGCCGUCGAUGUUUAAGCUGUGUGUGUGUCAAUUUAGUUUUUAGAUCUAUACUUAUAAGCAAUAUGUGGCUAGGACUCUAUGCGGAAUAAACCGGAGAAGAGGCGCAUUUUCGCGUCACGAGCAUAAACAUAGUACAAGUUCAAAAGUAGAAAUAUUUACAUAAAUAACCCAAACUACACAUUCCUUUAAGUAAUUUAAAUGUAAGUUAAGUAAA